UUUAAUUUGUUGCUUGUGAAGAGAGAGAAGGAGGAGGGUAAAUGACGGGUCGGGACUCAGGUGAUGGAACAAUUCUUUCUGUCUGUCGAAUGGACUCUGAUCCUACUUCUACUGAUUCAUUUACAACAUGGUACAAGUAGGCCUGAACUGAUCUGUCCGGAAGUCGGUUAUCUUGGUUCUCCUGCUCAUCUGACGUGCACCCCGCCAAGAAAUAUAACUUCACAUGGCUAUAUAACCCCGCAAGGUGGAGUUGCUGCCAUCUGCAAUGUAUCAAGCUCAUCAUAUGCAUUUACACAAAUUGGCAACUACAUGGUGUCUAACAUCCAACAGACACACAGUAGCCUCACCAUACCUGCAGUACAACAAACACAUGCUGGGAAGUGGAAGUGUACUAUCCUACCUUGGUCUCCACUCUCCUGCAACUUUACUGUUGUGAAACUCCCGACCUGCUUCACAACAAGCGAUGCUGACAUCACGUCGCUCGACGUUGGCGAGGAGCUGUCCCUGACAGUACACAUCAAGGGGUAUUACUGUUCUGAGCUGGUUCAGCUGAAGAUAUCCACGGGAAGAACUGAUCAUGAAUACCGUAAUGAAACAGUCACUGAUAUAACAGAUAAAACAGUUAACAUCCCAAUCUACAAGACCAACUCCAACUUCGAGGCGGAACUGGUCUUCACCUGCGGUGGCCAUAGCUCGACUUUACCUUGUAAUGUAACCAACGAGAGGACGCCGACAAUCACUCCCAGUUGUGAUCAAAGUAAAGUGCCGCCAAUGCAGGAGGAUGACAGGAGUGCGCGUGCGAAUGUUCUGUGAACUGGAAUAGGAAUUGGAUCGGGAGCGACCAUCUUAAUUUGUGGUGUUUGCCUGGGCAUUGUUGUAAUUUGCAGAAGAUCCACUUCUGUUUUACAGGCCUCAGGGGUUCAACGAGACAUAACAAUGCAGUCAGAACAAGGUGAAGACUACUUAACCCCACGUCUGACAAGGGACAACGGCAGUGGUAUUGAUGAAGCUCAUGCUGAAGUCGCAACAAGAGGCGACUACCAAGAACUGGAAGGACGUCGCACAGAAGCCUCAGACCAGUACGAGCCGAUGAGAAUAUACCAUGAGAUUUGAAUAUGUUAUAAAACGGGGGAGGGGUCACGGGUGGCACAGUCGUCUUAGGCCCCGCGAUUCGCUGUGUAGAGUUGCACGCCAGAAACCUGUGAUUGUGGGUUCGAAUCCCGGUUCGCCCCGAUUUAUGU